GGGUAAAUAAUGAAAUCUGGAGAGUGAUUUCUAGCAGAGUGAUGAAACACCUCGGCUGUACUUCAUUUAUUUAGCAGUUCUGGAUCCAGUCAUUGGAAAAGUUUCAAAGUUGAAAAAUAAUGACAGCAAGUACUGGGAAAGACAUAGAAGAGCUCUAAAGAAGAUAGAAUUGUUUGCUGCACAGUACUUACAGCAGCAGCAGAUGUUCCAGUACAGCAACAGUGGAUGUUCAAGAUUAAGAUUAAUUUAGAGUCGAAUAUAUAAUUAAGAAGACAGGAGCUGUGACUAAUGAGAAUCAAAGGCCAUGGAUGAAGAUGAACUUGAAUUGCAGCCACAAGAGCCAAACUCCUUUUUUGAUGGACUAGGAACUGAUGCUACGCACAUGGAUGGUGAUCAGAUUGUUGUGGAAGUUCAAGAAACUGUUUUUGUUUCAGAUGUUGUGGAUUCAGAUAUAACUGUACAUAACUUUGUUCCUGAUGACCCAGAUUCGGUUGUAAUCCAAGAUGUUAUUGAGGAUGUUGUUAUUGAGGAUGUUCACUGCUCAGAUAUCUUAGAAGAAGCAGAUGUAUCUGAAAAUGUCAUCAUUCCUGAGCAAGUUCUUGACUCACAUGUAACCGAAGAAGUUUCUUUAGCACACUGCACGGUGCCAGAUGAUGUUUUAGCUUCUGACAUUACUUCAGCCUCAAUGUCUAUGCCAGAACAUGUGUUAACAAGUGAUUCUAUACAUAUGUCUGAUGUUGGACAUGUUGAACAUGUGGUUCAUGAUAGUGUAGUAGAAGCAGAAAUCAUUACUGACCCUUUGACAGCAGACGUCAUUUCAGAAGAAGUAUUGGUAGCAGAUUGUGCCUCUGAAGCAGUCAUAGAUGCCAAUGGGAUCCCUGUGGACCAGCAAGAUGAUGACAAAAGCAACUGUGAGGACUACCUUAUGAUUUCCUUGGAUGAUGCUGGCAAAAUAGAACACGGUGGCUCCUCUGGAAUGACCAUGGACGCAGAGUCGGAAAUUGAUCCUUGUAAGGUGGAUGGCACUUGCCCUGAAGUUAUCAAGGUGUAUAUUUUUAAAGCUGACCCUGGAGAGGAUGACUUAGAUGUUACUGAAAUAGCUGAUGAAGUUUAUAUGGAAGUGAUAGUAGGAGAGGAGGAUGCUGCAGUUGCAGCAGCAGCAGCAGCUGCUGUGCAUGAACAACAAAUGGAUGACAAUGAAAUCAAAACCUUCAUGCCAAUAGCAUGGGCAGCAGCUUAUGGUAAUAAUUCUGAUGGCAUUGAAAACCGGAAUGGCACUGCAAGUGCCCUCUUGCACAUAGAUGAGUCUGCUGGGCUCAGCAGACUGGCUAAACAAAAACCAAAGAAAAGGAGAAGACCUGAUUCCAGGCAGUACCAAACAGCAAUAAUUAUUGGCCCUGAUGGACAUCCCUUGACAGUCUAUCCUUGCAUAAUUUGUGGGAAAAAAUUUAAGUCGAGAGGUUUUUUGAAAAGGCAUAUGAAAAACCAUCCUGAACACCUUACCAAGAAGAAGUACCGCUGUACUGACUGUGAUUACACUACCAAUAAGAAGAUAAGUUUACACAACCACCUAGAGAGCCACAAGCUGACCAGCAAGGCAGAGAAGGCCAUCGAAUGCGAUGAGUGUGGGAAGCAUUUCUCUCAUGCUGGGGCUUUGUUUACUCACAAAAUGGUGCAUAAGGAAAAAGCCAACAAAAUGCACAAGUGUAAAUUCUGUGAAUACGAGACAGCUGAACAAGGGUUAUUGAAUCGCCACCUUUUGGCGGUCCACAGCAAGAACUUUCCUCAUAUUUGUGUAGAGUGUGGUAAAGGUUUUCGUCACCCAUCAGAGCUCAAAAAGCACAUGCGAAUCCAUACUGGGGAGAAGCCGUAUCAGUGCCAAUACUGCGAAUAUAGGUCUGCAGACUCUUCUAACUUGAAAACACAUGUAAAAACUAAGCAUAGUAAAGAAAUGCCAAUCAAGUGUGACAUCUGUCUUCUGACUUUCCCAGAUACCAAAGAGGUGCAGCAACAUGCUCUUAUCCACCAAGAAAGCAAAACACACCAGUGUUUGCACUGCGACCACAAGAGCUCGAACUCAAGCGAUUUGAAACGACACAUAAUUUCUGUUCACACAAAGGACUACCCCCAUAAGUGUGACAUGUGUGAGAAAGGCUUUCACAGGCCUUCCGAACUCAAGAAACACGUGGCUGCCCACAAGGGAAAAAAAAUGCACCAGUGUAGACAUUGUGACUUUAAGAUCGCAGAUCCAUUUGUUCUGAGUCGCCAUAUUCUCUCCGUUCACACAAAAGAUCUUCCAUUUAGGUGUAAGAGAUGUAGAAAGGGAUUUAGGCAACAAAAUGAGCUUAAAAAGCAUAUGAAGACACACAGUGGCAGGAAGGUGUAUCAGUGUGAGUACUGUGAGUAUAGCACUACAGAUGCCUCAGGCUUUAAACGGCACGUUAUCUCCAUUCAUACGAAAGACUACCCUCACAGGUGUGAGUACUGCAAGAAAGGCUUCCGGAGACCUUCCGAAAAGAACCAGCACAUAAUGCGACACCAUAAAGAAGUGGGCCUGCCCUAACAAUACUUCAGACAUAUGUGGAGAUGUUGGCCUUAAAGUAGCGAUCUCAUUUUAAAGCCAAUCAGUCUCAUUCACAUGCAAUACUGUAUAUCAAUUUAUGCUGUGUACAAGUAGAAUUACUGCUUCUAGUCAGCUUUUCUUUACAUUUUACUAGAGUGUUCUGGAUUCUAUUCAGUUUGUUCAGUGGCAAAAAGUAGCAACAGUCAAGUUGCUUUUAAAAAUGAAUCCCUGAUUUUAUACUGAAUUUUUCAGUCUUAGGAGUUUUACUAUUUAUUUAAAUAUUUACUUAAUUCACAUUGAUGGUACUCUUCUAAGACCAUUUAAAGAUACAAAAGAAACAACAAAGGAUUGGUAAUUCUAAAAGUAAUUACUUUGACUCACUUCUCCCUCAUAAAUCUUUCACAUAAAUAGGAACAUCUGCUUAUAAUAAUAAACAGAUUUUACUAUUGAAUCUAAUCAUUACAUGAAAGUAAUUUCCUUGUCUUAAUAUUUUCAGACUACGUGACAGACUUUUCCAUUUGAGUCUCUAGCAUUGCUAAAUAUAGAACAUUUACUAGAUUUGUGUUUAAUUUUCAUUUUAUUCAACAGACAAAAUAUGCUUUCUUGUGACUCUCCAUGUAUUACAUCUUUUGUCAGUAUAACACACUUUUAGAAAGUUACUGAAAGGUUUUGCUUAUUCCUGUUAUUCUGUGUAGUUUUGUUUUGGAAUACUUGUGUUCUACAGACUAGACUUAACUGUGAACUGAGUUUUGGAAUAUUAGAGAUAAAUGGUGGCUCUUGGGCUGUUUUGCAACAGCCUGUGUACCCCAGGUUUUAUAUGUGCCUGUGUGUUACUUGUUUUACAUAUUUACGUACACAAUCCCAAAUUUAACUCUAUAAUGAAAAGUAUUAAAUAUACAAUAAAAUGAAAGAUCCAGAGAUAUAUGAAAGAACAUUUUGCAAACUUGCUAUUCAUAGAGAUUAAAUUAAACUUGAGGGGAAAAUUGGAACAUAAGGACAGUGGUAUUUUUAAAGAGUGAAGGUAUUUUCCUUAAAUAUCUUUGGUAGUUGAAGAAGACAAGGUAUUUCUAGAUAGAAUAUUUUUAUAUAAUUUUAGCUUCAUACCUUAAAUUUUUCUGAAAAGCUGAUGAAUAUCUAACCAUAAAUCUCUCAGUUGUCACUGAGAAGCAUGUAGAGGAAAUGUCUUCUCACAAAGUAAAGAAGAUUAAGAAGAUAAAUGGCUGCAGGGGAUGGGUGCUAAUUAAAAUUGGCAAGUUCAGCCUGUUUUUUAAUUUCUUAGUUAGCAAACUUGGAAAAGAUUUCACCUUCAAGUUAGCUUUGAUUAGAAGAUAUGUUUAAAGUAUGUGAUGAAAACGUGAGACUUCAUUUGGAAUAUUACCAAGUGUUUCACAGUUUGGGUUUUUUUUUUGAGAGUUGGUAUAUUUUAAGCAGUCAGUGAGUCAUAAAUAUAAAAUGAAGUUAAACAGUUAAUUAGAAUUUGGUUUGUGUUAAUAUAAAUUUUCAAAAAUAGGAAAUACUUUUAAAAUGUUUACUUAAUUCGGGUAUUGGCACAUACCUACUGGCACAUUAUUCAACAAUAGAAAUUUCUCUUCCCACUUGAUAGCUCCCUUGCAACUUCAUUAUGGUGCUUCCUUCUACUCUUACUGUAAAGUUUUUGCCUUCUGCCUUUUCUCUGUGCCACUAAUAUUCAUAUUCAGAAGUUAUAUUUAUAAGGUUAGGAAUUUAAAUAUUGGGGGUUUUGAAGGCCGUAUUAAUUUAAUCUUUUUAAAUCAAGUGCUUUACGCAUGUAACAAUUUAAACCUAAUGCCAACGGAGCAACAGGAUGGAUUUGGAACCUCUUAAGCCUUCUUGACUCCCAUAUAUGUUUCACCCCAUUUUUAGUAUCCAUUGUCCUGUUCUUAAAAAACUUUAUUUUUUGUGUGAGAUCUUUUCAAUUUUCCUUGCAUUUGGUUUUUCCCUGGAGUAAUAUAAAAGGAAAUGUUUAAAUAAAAGUUUACAUUUAAGAAUUUUAAAACAUUCUGUAAAAUUAAUACAGAUAGUUAUUUAUAUUUUAAAAAGAAACUGAAAGAUAAAGAACACAACACUUUACAUACUUUGUAUUUCUCUCAUAGUCUGAAGUCUUACACAGUUUUUUUUUUAAGCACAAUAUUGAAACCUUUAAAAGGUAACUUAAGGAUUUGGUCAAGUGAAUAUGAUAAAACAUUUGUCUUCAUAAAAAAAACAUGAAAUUGUACUUACUGUUAUGUCCUGAUAUUUAGUUGUUGUUUUCAUUCUUAAAACAAUUUGAUUAGCAAAGCUAAUAAACAAGUUUGGAUGUUUCGGUUUAAUGUUUUAAAGAGGUACAGAUUUUUACAAGAGCAUAAGUUAUUGUUUUGUUGAAAUAGCCUAUUAAAUAUUAUAUGUCUCUUCCUCUGUACACAUUGUAAAAUACUUAAAGUAAAAAACUUGAUAAGAAAUUCAUAUAGCAAAGUGUGACACUAUUGUAAAUGUGUACUUGAAAAUAACAUGAAAAAUAAAAAUAUUUUCUUGUUAA